AGUUUGUCUGUUUUCCUCUAUUUGUAUUUGCGACAUAACGUUCCGAAAUACGGCUGUGGCCACACUGAACUGUGCAGUUGUCAGAGGAAGGACAAAGAAAAGAAAACGUUUCUUAAAUGUUGAUCCGCUUUACUAAAACACCACAACUGAACAAGACGGAAGUGCGACAGGCAACCUUGUCUCUGACAUGGCCAACCCUUUAAAGGAGCAGGUUAUCAAGCUUUACAAGACUCUGCUGUAUCUUGGCCGUGAUUACCCCCAGGGAGCAGCUUACUUCAGAGGGCGCCUGAAGUCAGCUUUCAUGAAGAACAAAGACGAGAUGGACCCUGAAAAGAUCCAAAAGCUGGUCGCCCGAGGUGACUUUGUCAUCAAGGAACUGGAGGCCCUGUAUUUCCUCAGGAAAUAUCGAGCUAUGAAGAAGAGGUAUUUUGAUCCAGAAAAAAAAUCAGACUCAUAGACAGCUCCGGAUUAUUAUAAGUACACUUAUUAUUAAAUAUGUUAAAUAAUGCAACGCUUUGCAUUUUCCGAAACACGCCUUCAAAAAUAAGAUGAAGGCCACUUUACUCUGCAGAAAUGUAAUAAACCCUGUUGCCCUUCCGUCUAUUUUAUAGCAGAGUGAUAAUUAAUGAAGCUUUUACAGAAUGUGCUUUUAUUUUUUUAUUUCCAAGUUACGUCAAGUACGGUAAAUGCCAAUGGUUUUAAUCGUGAAUACUGUAAAUGUUUAUAACAUAGGUUUUCCAUUUCAACACUGAUGGAAGCCUAGAUAUCAGACUGACUGAAUUAUAUUGUACAAUGUAUUUUCAGUGUAUAUAUAUUUGUAAAUACAUAGUCAAUCUUCUUGAAGAGUGAAUGUACAUGACUAUGUACUAAUGCACUAUUAGAUAACCCUAAAAACAAGCAGUAUUUUCCAAGUGAUGCCUUGUGUCAUAAUAAAUAUUAUACAAUUCUUCACUGCCA